AAUGCCUCCGACAUGUCGGGACGUCACCAGUGAAUAGGGCAUGAGAUGCUAUGUUGGAAGUAAACUUGGAUGAGCUGUGUAUUAAAUAUCAGAAAGGGAAUGUUGAAAGAUGGCUAUAAAACUGGUAUCCUGGAUCUUUGCUGCGUUUUUACUGGAAGUGGCGGACUUAGCAGAUGAGAUGGUGACUAUACCUGGAGGAAAGAUGAUAAUGGGAACCAGUGCAUCUGAUGGGAGAGAUGGAGAGUCCCCCACCAGGGAAGCUGAACUUCAGGAUUUUAGAAUAGACAGGUACCCUGUCACAAACGCAGAUUUCAGAGAAUUUGUGAGAGCACAGAAGUACAAAACUGAAGCGGAGACGUUUGGUUGGAGUUUUGUGUUUCAAGAUUUUGUGUCAGAAGAGCUGAAGAGCAAAGUCACUCAGAGGAUUGAGUCUGCUCCUUGGUGGUUGCCAAUAGAGCGAGUGUUUUGGAGACAGCCAGCAGGACCAGGUUCAGGCAUUCGGGAACGCCUGGACUACCCGGUGGUUCAGGUGAGCUUGACUGAUGCUCAGACUUUCUGCAAGUGGAAGGGAAAGAGACUGCCCACUGAGGAGGAGUGGGAGUGGGCUGCACGUGGAGGACUACAAGGUCGGACUUAUCCAUGGGGAAACAAGUUCCAGGCCAACCGAUCCAACCUGUGGCAGGGAUCAUUUCCUGAUAGAGACACCGCUGAGGAUGGAUACCAUGGCAUUUCUCCAGUCUCAGCAUUUCCUCCUCAGAACAGUUAUGGACUUCAUGACAUGAUGGGAAACACAUGGGAAUGGACAUCCACUCCCUUUAGAGCUGCACAGCCAAUGUACGUGCUGCGUGGCGCCUCCUGGAUCGACACGGUGGAUGGUUCAGCCAAUCACAAGGCACGAAUAACAACAAGAAUGGGAAACACUCCUGACUCUGCCUCGGAUAACCUGGGAUUCAGGUGUGCUGCCAGCGAUGGACAGAAACAAGGGAAGAAGAAAGUUAAAACAGAACUGUAGAAAAUAGGAAAUCAAGUUGAAGUCAGCUGGAGGACAGUGUUGUUCUUUGAAUGGAAAGUUGUUCAGCUAAGUUCAAACAACUUGAUAAUCCCUCUGGGCCCAAUUAGUUACCUGUUCUGAUGAUUUUAAGGACAUAGAGGAGGAAAAACAAGAAGGCAAGUGGCAAAAUAAUGCUUAACUUUUAUAUUAGAAAUGAUGGUGACAGAAAGAUGAGUGUAUAAAUAAAUUAUAUCCCUCCUGUGGAGAGCUAAUGAUGAUGAUUUUUGAUAAAAUUAAAUACAAAAUUGAAUGAUAAAUUAAAGUCUCACCUUUAUAAUUCUUUAUGAUGCAAGUAGUUGAGAUGUCUUAUUGUCUUAGGUAAUGGAGGAAAUAGGACACUGACUGUCAGCAUUGGUAUUCCUUCUUCUUCUCAGAAGGCUCCAUCUUUUGUUUCUGUGCUUUUAUGUGACUGGAGAGUAAAUUGGUUCACCGAUUUUGUUACAGCCUCCUUUAAUCCUGCCUUUGUAUUUUUGUUUACUCUCAUUGGCCGGCCCAGUGGUUGUAUGAGCUGCCCUCUUUAACACUGCAGAUUAGAAGUUUGUUCCAAAUUUUAGCUCAUGUUAAGUAUUAAGUAACAGUAUUAAGCCAAGCCCUGUUUCAAUUCUUAAGAGUGAUCAAGUGUUCUCUACCCAACCACACAGUUUAAAGGUGUUAUGCAAUGGAAGAAAUGUGAAUUUAUAUUUUUCAUCUGUUUACAAAAGGUGAAACCAGAUCUCGAAGUUUUGUUGUAACAUACAAUUGGAGUCAGUGUUGCGGUUUUUCCGUAUUGGUAUUAUAAUAUUUUACUUCCCAGACUAUCAUACCUUAUUUUAUGCCUGGAGCUCAUACUUAGUAACGCUUUAAGAAAGGGGUGGGAAAAGAGAUAUAAUAUGCAUAUUUAUAGUAAACUGGGAUGAAAGAGAACAAAAGACCUUUAAAUUUUCUGGGAUAUGUUAUUUAAAAACCUCACUGGUUAAGAAACAGCUCUCUUUCCCAUUUCAGACUCUAUCCACUGGCCUCCUCUAUAUAAUGAAGGCACAAAAUGCCCCCCCUCGAAUAUUUUAACCU